AUGGAACGGUUUCUACGCUCCUGGAGACAGGAUGCAUUGAAUCGGGGUCAGCAUGAUUCCGCUAUCUACAUCGGGGACAAGGUCCUUGCACUGACCAACAGCGAUUCCGACGCGUUUUGGCUGGCGCAAGUGCAUUUCUCGAAUAACAACUUCACCCGGGCCCUCGCGCUUCUAUCCCGCAAGGAUCUGAUCUCACGGAGCACCGCCUGUCGCUACCUGGCUGCGCACUCCUACAUUAAGCAGAACCAAUUCGAACAGGCCCUGACCGUCCUCGGGGAACAUAACCCAUCUGAUUUGAUUCGGAAUAAUCACACGCGGCGGAAGACCCAGCACCAAAGCCAUGUUACUUUGCGCAAUGGCAAGAGCGCGACCCCACGAAGCGAUCGAGCCGAGGAGCGCGAAAGGGAGGAUGCCAAUAAUGUACGCUUCGAGGCCGCGAUGUGCUAUCUCCGGGGACUCUGCUUUGCCAAACAGAAUGCCUUCGACCGGGCUCGGGACUGCUACAAGGAUGCCGUGAGGAUUGAUGUCCAAUGUUUUGAGGCAUUCGACCAGCUUAUGAAGAACUCGUUGAUGUCGCCCGCGGAAGAGCUGGAGUUUUUAGAAUCUUUGGACUUUGACUCUGUCUCUUCUCCUGAUCCGAUGAUGGCACAAGAAGCCGCCCAUUUCACGAAGAUGCUUUACACGACUCGCCUGUCGAAAUACUCCUCCCCGAUCAUCCUCUCCGACGCCACGGAAACCCUCUCGACCCAUUACAAUCUGGCUGAAAACCCAGACAUUCUCCUUUCCCGCGCCGAGGCGCUGUACACGCAGUGUCGGUUCGCGGAAGCGCUCGAGCUGACCUCCUCCAUCCUCUCUACCUCCCAAUCUACCGACAUGACCACAACCUCCGUGCCGGCACAGAGUCACUUGGGCCAUGCCCCAGCAAUAUACCCGCUUCACCUGGCCUGUCUGUAUGAGACCGGAGCAACCAAUGCGCUGUUCCUCCUAUCUCACAUGCUCGCGGAUCACUCACCAGAGGAACCCUACACCUAUUUGGCCAUCGGAGUGUACUACCUAUCAGUGUCCAAGGUUGCGGAAGCACGACGAUUCUUUUCCAAGGCCUCACUGCUAGAUCCUCACUCCGCACCGGCAUGGAUCGGAUUUGCGCACACCUUCGCGGCCGAGGGCGAGCACGACCAAGCCAUUGCAGCUUACAGUACCGCGGCUCGCCUCUUCCAGGGCAGUCAUCUCCCCCAGCUUUUCUUAGGCAUGCAACAUCUCGCCCUCAACAACAUGUCUCUAGCACACGAAUACCUCUGCGCCGCCUACUCGAUGUCCACCGGAGCCGCGCCGGACUCUGUCCCUGCACUCCCUCCUGCGCCCAGUUCGACUGCUGCGGCUGUUGGUGGGGAUCCCCUGGUGCUCAACGAGCUGGGCGUGGUAUUCUAUCAUCAGAACCAACUGGUCGGUGCGAUUGAACUCUUCCAGCAGGCUUUGGCCCUCGCUACUACGCUCCAUUGUGAACCCAGUGCGUGGGUCGCUACCCGCGCCAACUUGGGCCACGCCUUCCGCCGCAUGGGACGCAUGCCCGAAGCGCUCCGUGAAUUCGACGAAUGUCUCCGCGUGGGAGCUGGGGGAAGCAGCAUGGGAUGCUCGCCAUUCCUAGGUGCGGGCUCCAGUGGCUCCAGCGCCAUCACUGCAUCUGGCGUUGGCGGAUACGAGGAUCGGGGAUUGAUUGGUUCGCUUCACACAUCUCGUGGCCUCAUUCUUCUCGAAAUGGGCCGUACAACAGAAGCAGUGACGACAUUACACGAGGCUGUGCGUGUCCUCGGAGCCAGCGGCGGUGGUGACGCUGCCGGUGGUGCUGGCGUCGCCGGAACAUUACUUUCGCGCGCUCUCGAACUUUGGGCCAUCGAAGGUCGACAGAGUGACCGGGCCAAGUUCGAAGCCAGCGUCCGGGAAGCCAGCGUGGCCUCCUCCAAGCGACGCGGCGGACCUCGCAGCCACGACUCGAGCAGUAAAGGCAAAGAACGUCCUGCGACAGAAGCCCGCCGACGGCGCCAAGAACCUGUGGUGGAGGAAUGGACCGACGAAGUCCCCCACGUCUCUACCCCGCAGGCCGAGGACGAGAAGGUGGAAAUGGAUCUGGACAAUGAAGCCGAUGGAAUGCUCCGCCGCGCCCUGGGUCGUGUCCGGGGCAAGUCUCGGCGUGCCCCCGCCACCCCGGAUGUCGAUAUCGAGACGCCGGCCCCCUCUAGCGGGCGGAGCCGCAGCACGCGACACGGACGAAGUCAAUCACGCCAGUGA